GCCAUGACAGAGUCCUGAUGUGGUGGUCCUCCAUCCACACCUUGAUUGACCAGGCUGUGUGGCAUGGAGCAUUGUCCUGCUGAAGGGCUUUUUUCUAGCUUUGCGUGACUUCAGCCAUGCCUCCAGGAGCCCCCAGCUGUCGCUGGCCAUCUUUCUGUAGGUCACUCGAUAUCAUCCUAUGGUUGAUGUGUGACAUUAGGAUGAGUUGCCGGUCAGUGGAGAGUCUUUUUCACCUUCUGCCGGUCUGUAGCUCUGUUGUCUCAGAUGUCUGCAGCUUGACCUUGUUCUUAUGAAGCUGAUGCUCACUCUAUCCUUCUGCCAGACCUGAACCCUGCUUUUCAUCACUGAGAACUUUUCUUUUUAACUCUUUCAGCAUUGUCACUAGUUAUUUUCUGACUCCAGCUAGUUUUGAGGAACCUACUAGCACUGUUUCUGCCAUCCAGCUGACCGAUGGAAGAGGACAGUGAUGAUAACAGCAGUGUUUUUAUAUUUUCUAAUAAGAUGUAAGAUUCUAAUAGUGAUCAUCUAAUAAGUACUUUAAGCAGAACGAGGCGUGUCUGUGCUGGACAUCCACCGGACGCUGGAGUGGAACAGCAGCUAGACAUGUAGAGACGGUGAUUUAAGAAACAUCUGGAGAGGAUUGUUCAUUUUUUUUGGAGCUGUAUUUUUAUUUAUUUCUUUAAAAAAGAAAUAAAAUAUUGGGUGUUUAUUUAAGUUUAGAUUUAGAAUUAAUCAGUGAUCAGUUUUAAAUAAAACUAAAUCACAAGAACAUAAAACUGUGUAAAGCCCCUAAUCUCACGUUAACAGGUUCUCUCAUUAGCUUCUCUGUAAAAAAAACACAGGAACGUCGGUCAGUGUGAUCAUGAAUUUUGAUCGGACGCUCUCUGGUUUGCAAACGGUGAGAAACUCUGAGCCUGAGAAAAUAUUUGAAACUAAUUCUGCUGCAGUCACGUGAUGUGGUAAUGCUAGAGGAGGAUUUUAGCAGGUUAGCUGUUCCAUGCUAAAAAGAAUGCCAUCAGUCACAUCGUCAUCUGUUCUACUUUAUAAAGGAUCAACUUUAUGAACUUUAUAACAGUAUAGAUGUUUAUAACAGUAUAGAUGUUUAUAACAGUAUAGAUGUUUAUAACAGUAUAGAUGUUCUAUAAGCCCUGAGUGGCGCUGGUUAGAUCACUGACUACUGAGUUUUUUCACCCCGCCUAACUUUAGCCAAUGUUUUUACUCUGUUUUUUAAAGACAUAAAGAAUUUAUUGAAUUAUCCAGAAGAAGAAUAAAUCACUAUUUACAUUAAACAUGAAAUCAUGCAUAUAUUUUAAUAAUAAUCUAAAUCAGGAGUGUGCUUCAGGCUGUUCAUGUAGAAAACAGGACAUUUAUUUUCCUCUAGAAAAUUUUUAUUAAAGGAGAAUUCCACUUUCUGAACAACAAUUCCCUCCUCGUCCUCCAAGAUGUUCAUGUCUUUCUUUCUUCAGUGGUAAAUAAAUGAUGUUUUUUGAGGAAACCAUUUCAGGAUGUUUCUCCAUAUGAUGGACUUCAGUAGUGACCGUGAGUCUGACCUUCCAGAAUGCAGUUUAAAUGCAGCUUCAGAGAGCUCUAAACCUCCAUCCCUUAUCGACACACACCAUCGGUCAGUUUCUUAGAAAAAUAAAAAAUUGUAUACUUUUUAACCACAAAAGCUCGUCUAGCGCUAGCUCUGGGAUGCGUAUCCGCGACGUUACGUACUACGUCAUCACGUGGAAAAGUCACGCAUGAUGUAGGCGGAGCUACAGACCCAGUGUUUACAUAGCAAACGUGUAAAGAUCAAGGAAGUGCAAAUAAAUCAAACACUCUUUACUAAUAAAAAGGUAGAAGGAGAAUGUCUGGGUGUGAUCAUGAUGUCCAGGAGUGACCUCAGCGACACCGGGAGAUAUUUUACAAAAUAAUAAGAAUUAUUUCAAGAAUAACUUGAAAAUUAAUGUUUUGUUUUUAUUAAAGGAAUUUUUUGAGCAUUCAUGUUAUUUCCAAGCGGAUGUUUUAUGUUUAAAACGACUCCCACUUCCAAUUAUUUUAAAAAACUGAAAAAUAAAGUAAAACAUUUAUUUCUCAAGUUAUUUUGUGAAAUAUCUCCCGGUGUCGCGGAGGUCACGCGUGACGAAUGUGGACAUACAGACCCGGUGUUUACUAGUGUGGAGAAGAAGAGUGCUGGAAGCCGUGUGGAAUAACAGAGUUAUAUGUCUUUGUGUCAGUUUUUUGUGUGUACCCUGGACGUGGAAAUCCUUUUAAACCCAUCGUGUGUGAGCGUCGCAGCCGCCUGCUUCAGUCGCUCUCUUUUAAUUUACCUUGUAUUUCUUCAUCCUCUAUUUUUGUUUAAGUUUUUGGUAACUAGUAAUAAACUUUUCCCUCUCUAAUCCUGCGAUUUGAGAGAGUUUUUGUCGGUAUUUUUGUCGGUAUUUUUGUCGGUAUUUUCUCGCACUGCAACCGGACCACAUUGUACACCCUACUUUAUAUCAGACCUUAAACAUUUAAGCAGUUUGCCCCGGGAUUAAUAAAGUUCUUUGGAUCUUGAAUAAAAGAUUACGUUCGCUUGGAAAUAACGCGACUGCUCACAAAUUUCCUUUAAAGAAUCCUGAGUGAUUGAAGCUGUGGUCACUCACUCUGCUCCUGGACAUCAUGAUCACACCCAGACAUUCUCCUUCUACCUUUUUAUUAGUAAAGAGUGUUUGAUUUAUUUGCACUUCCUUGAUCUUUACACGUUUGCUAUGUAAACACUGGGUCUGUAGCUCCGCCUACAUCAUGCGUGACUUUUCCACGUGAUGACGUAGUACGUAACGUCGCGGAUACGCAUCCCAGAGCUAGCGCUAGACGAGCUUUUGUGGUUAAAAAGUAUACAAUUUUUUAUUUUUCUAAGAAACUGACCGAUGGUGUGUGUCGAUAAGGGAUGGAGGUUUAGAGCUCUCUGAAGCUGCAUUUAAACUGCAUUCUGGAAGGUCAGACUCACGGUCACUACUGAAGUCCAUCAUAUGGAGAAACAUCCUGAAAUGGUUUCCUCAAAAAACAUCAUUUAUUUACCACUGAAGAAAGAAAGACAUGAACAUCUUGGAGGACGAGGAGGGAGGAGAUGAUCUGUAGAGUUUUGUUCUGGAAGUGAACUUCUCCUUUAAGGUUGAAGAGUUUUUUAAUUUUGUGAAAUUUAAAUCUGAAAUGAUUUUAUUUAGAGGAAUGAUUCAUGUGUAUAACUGUGUAGAAUCUCUUAUUAAAGUUAUUUAUGAGGAUUAAAUGUUAUUCCGUUUCCUA